AUGAAUCAUUUGGAUUCCACUGAUCCCCAGGUUCUGGACUAUAUGCUGGUUCCUCACCGGAACUUCAACCUGAUCAAUGGGGUCCACUCUCCCGACGAGGUCGACCAGAUCCAGAACUGGGAGAUCCGAGAUUCAGACAUAUUCGCCGUCACUUAUCCCAAGUCAGGGACGAUCUGGAUGCAGCAGAUUCUGACUCUGAUAGAAGCCAAAGGUGACGUCACUCCAAACACAGAGCAUCUCAACGCGCAGCGCGUCCCAUGGAUCGAGCUGAUUGGCAGUGAGAAGGAGUUUAACGCUACACCUUCCCCCAGGCUACGGGUCACCCACCUGCAGUACAAGUUCAUGCCUCUCGCCAUCAGACAAAAGAGGGGAAAGGUGAUCUAUGUGGCCAGAAACCCUAAGGAUGUUCUCGUGUCCUAUUACCACUUCCACAAAUAUGCAGCCAUGCUAGAGACGCCAAAGGACUUCAAUGAUUUCUUUGAGAAAUUCAUGGAAGGGAAAGUUUUUGGGAACUGUUGGUUUGAGCACAUCAAGACGUGGUACGCUAAUAGAGACAACAUGAACUUCCUGUACAUCACAUAUGAAGAGAUGAUCAAGGACCUGCGCUCCAUGGUGGAGAGGAUGUGCAGGUUUCUAGGGAAGGAUUUGACAGAGGAGCAGAUGGCCAGUGUGGUGGAACACAGCACCUUUAGAACCAUGAAACAGAACCCGCAGGCUAACUACAAGACAGUGCCCGACUCCCUGCUUGACCACAACAAGGGCACGUUUAUGAGGAAAGGGACCAUUGGGGACUGGAGGAACCAUUUCACUGUUGCACAGAGUGAGAGAUUUGACAGUGUCUUCCAGGAGAAGAUGAGGGAUCUGCCCCUCUCCUUUGCGUGGGACAUCAAUGACGUCAAUAGUGCCACGUAAUGACAUCCUAGUCACGUCUUGCAGGGAUUUUUUAAAUCCUUGGGCGGGCCCCCUAAGCAUUUUUUCGGGUCACCUAAGUCCAAACAGUGUAAAAAGAAAAAAUUCAGGAUGGAAAAACGCUUUCACUGUAAACUUAAAUAACUAAAUGUCUUUUUUUUAUACCACAGCAUUGUUGAAUACUUGUUUAUGAUGUACAGAACGUGGGCAUUUAUCCCUUACAUAAUAGAACCUUUGAAAACUAACAGUCACCUAAAUAAAAGCUAGACAGUCAGGGACAAUUGAAAAAUCCCCCAAACAAUUAAUUUAGCACUACAGAUUUCAUGUUUGAGCAAAAGAACACAGAAUUAGCCAUCGCAAAAUGCAUAGAAUUGCAGAAAAUUUGCUUUUAAACGGAAAAUGUUUCUCGGCUCCAUGGCAGAAUAUGUAGAAUCGCAGGGAAUUUGCUUAAAAACGGCGAGGGCCUCUAAAAUGUUCUCUAAAAUUCAUGCCCCUGCCACGUCCACCACCUAAGCCCAUUAUUGAUCCAGAAAAAACACUGCCUUAGUUACAAGUUACCCUAGAUAACUUAAUAAGCUAGUUAUAAGCUAUAGUGAACAAAAAUGUUUCAUGAGUUGAAAUAAAAGAUCCCAUAAAUUUUCCAUACACACAAAAAGCUUAUUUCUC